AUGUCCGAAGAGUAUGAAGACGAGGAUGUUGAUUUCAAGCCGAUCGCAAUUUUGAAAUUAGUUUCUAGUGAGCGUAAAAAUUCGCAUUUUACUGAAAUCGUGGAUCGUGGAAAGAAGGAUAAAGAGGGUUACUUCUUCUUGGUGAUGGAAUUGGCUGGAUCGAGUCUGGGAGAUUUGAAAAAGAAGAGAGGAAAGCCAUUUUCCCCUCCAACGGGUCUGAGCGUCUCACUUCAAUGCUUGGAAGCUUGUGAGGAUCUUCACAAGUACGGAUUCAUUCAUAGAGACCUGAAACCUGCGAAUUACGCUUGUGGGGCCGAUAAAAAGUGUCAUACCAUCUACAUCCUCGAUUUCGGAAUCUCGAGAAAAAUUCUCAACGAUCGUAAAGAGUUGAAAACGCCGCGUGUGACAGUCCGUUUCAAAGGAACUCUGAAAUAUUGUUCCAUUGCGUGUCACAAGGGUCAAGAAUUGGGAUGGAAAGAUGAUUGUGAGAGUUGGUUCUAUCUGAUGAUUGAUUUGAUGGUGCCAGCUGGACUUCCGUGGAGAGGAAGUCAGGAUAAAGGAACUGUUUGUAAGCUGAAAGAGGAGGCAAGAACCAAGAAAGAUACGUAUAAUGGGAUCAAAUGUGGUGCUGAAUUUGAGAAAAUCAUUCUAUAUCUCGACAAACUACAGUAUCAAGACCACGUGGAUUACCAAUACAUCUACAAAACUCUUCAUGAGGCUUGUGCAAUAUGUGGUGGGAGAAUGGACGCACCGUAUGAUUGGGAGAAGGAAUGA